GUAGACUUGUCCGUUUUUUAUCCAUCUUAUUAGUUAUAUGAAGAUCCACCAAAAAUAACUGGUAGAAAUACGCACCCGAUUUGACCUCUGCCCGUCAUCAAGAAGAUUGUGCAAAUUACUGUUCAGUGAUUAUAUUUGUGAUGGGCUCUUAAUGUCCAGAGGAGAAUUGCAAAAAAAGGUUGCCUCUCGAAGGGAUAUGCCGAAAUCGUCAUCGUUUUGGGGUUUUUUACUGAUCGGAAUCGGGUCUGUUUCAUUGGUGGGAUUUAUAUUUGCAGCAAUUGUAUCAAAGCUUCUUCCUUUAUAUAGCAGUCCUAUCAUGUCAGCCAUUCAAAACGACAGCCUCUUUAUAUCUGGAUUUAUAUAUUUCUUUGUGCAGGUAUUACUGCUUCUUGGUACCUUUGACACUUCCUAUACUGGUUGUUGCUGUGUACUUCCAUUGGCUUAGCAUGAAGCUGUUUAAGCAUGCAUAAUAUUCUUAGCAUCAAUCAAGAAAUUAGUGGAAGAUGAUGUAGUGAGACUGUAACAGGACAAAUAGUUUCCUGGUAUUCCUUCUACUUGAGCCCAUGCAGGAAUUUUAGUCAAUCGGAGCAACAUUGAAGUCUGCUGUUCCAUGGUUAUAGUAGUAUAUAAGUUGUAUCAGUGACUAUCCUAGUGAAAAAAUAUCAAAUUUCUUGAGCUGAAGUUGUAUUGAUUUGUGAUUUUCUUUAAUCACGCUGGAUAUAAAGUGAGUUUCUUGAUGUUAUAUACUCUUGAAUUUCCCUGAUUUAAUGUUACAAAAGGGGCUUCUUUAUUAGACAA